AUGGCGGCUCCAUACAAGAAAGUUCAAAUACAGAAAUACCCUUUACCACCUGGAAAGACGGAUGAAUCGAGAUAUUGGAAGAGAUUCAAAACUUCACAAACAUACAAGGAAGUAGCUAGUGUAACAUCGAUACACUUUUCUCCUAUUCACCAACAUGAUUUUGCCGUAACUGCAUCAACGCGAAUACAAAUUUACUCUUCGAUUAAUGGAGUCAAAAAAACCAUAUCACGAUUCAAAGACGUCGUGUACAGUGGACACAUAAGAAAUGAUGGCAAAUUACUUGUCGCGGGAGAUGCAACGGGAUUGAUUCAGAUUUUCGAUCUUUCGAGCAGAGCUAUUUUAAGAACUAUCCGGAAACACCAGAA